AUGUGGUUGGUGCAAGUAACAGUUAUGUUGGAGCCGAACUUGACCUUGUUAGCUGAUAAAUUAAUAUAAAAAACUAAAUUCAAUGGAAUGUUAAAUUUAUUAGAAAGUAGUCUCCUAACUUUAUCUUUUAAACUAGAAGACACUGUAAACGCUAUUAUGUUUAGUAAAUUAAAUAUUUUGUAUCCUUCUAUUAUAAGUCCAAAACAGCUAUUUACAGAGUUUGUUAAUAAUUAUAGGUUUUUAGCUGAUCAAUUUCCUUUAAGUUUAACUUUAGAAAAUAUACACACUUUAUUGAAUGUUUCAGAAAUUGCGAGUUAUUAUAAUAAUAACAAAGUUGUAUUUGCCUUAAAAAUACCUUUAGUAAAUUCCAGGAGCUAUGAUUUAUAUCAUAACAUACCUUAUCCAGUUUCUGUAACGCAUGAUACUUAUACUAUGAUCAUUCCCUCUACUAAAUAUCUAGCUAUUAACAGAGAUAGAUCAUAUUAUAGUAAAUUAGAUAAUCUAAGUAGCUGUAAGACAAUAAAUAACCAGUACUAUAUAUGUGACAACCUAGAUACUUACUCGUGUGCCAGGACUUGGAUCUGAUCGGAUAUAAUCUCAAAAGCAUUAAAAUCUGUGCCUAGUAAUUGUAAGACCCAAUUUAUUUAAGGCCAACUAGAUAUUUGGCAAACAUUGGCUAACAAUACAUGGUUAUAUGUUAUUACAAACCCUUCCAAAUUGUCCAUAGACUGUAAAGCUUCCAAUACUGAAGUUAUCAUAUCAGGCACAGGCAUGAUAAACUUACCUCCGUAUUGUAUAGCCUUUUAUAAAGACUCAAGGUUAAUACCCAAAUAUUACAAAACAAUUAAGGUCCAAACAAUUUAAAUUAACUUUAAUCUAGUAAAUGACUCUUGUUGUAAUUCGGAAACAUUAUCGAAACUUGAGCCUCAAAUUCCCGUUUUAAAUCUUACUAAUAUUAACCUUGAUUCUAUAACGUCACGACGAAAUUUGGAAACCAGUCGCAUUGUCAAUAAUCUUGACAAAUUAAUUGAAAAACCACAUAUUGUUUUAUAUGGUGAAUAUUAUUCCUAUGUAACAAUAAUUAUAUUUGUUAUUAUUGUAAUAUCUCUUUUUGUUCUAUUUUGUAAGUUUAUAAAAUCGGGCAUUUGUCAUCGUCUCUUAAAUAGACAAGCUUUCAAAUGUAAUAUGGAAAAAGCUGAAGAGCUUACAGAAGUUGCUGCUAGUUCUUCCGACAUUUCCGCACCUAAAAUCCGUAAAUCCCUUGCAUAAACUUUACCUUUUAAGGAUAAGUUUAGUCAAAACCCUGGGGGCUGUUAUAUAUAUGUAAUGUAUACAUAUGAUAGUGCCCAACGGCUCUUUCUAUAUCCCUUGUCAGCACUUUUGAUAGUUCAUAAUAAUAAGAUGCUCUCUUUACGACAGUUCGAUUCCAUCAUCCGCGCGUGACACUUGCCCUAUUUACCGAGUCCUAAUGUAAUUAAAGUGUCCUUCAAUUUUCAUCUAAGUUUUA